UUCCCGGCAUAAGUGCGCUGCUGGCCCUCCCAGGCUGGCCCGGGCUUGGUGCCUCGGGGCGGGGGGAGCGGGGGCUGGGAAGAGGGAGAGACAGACAGAGACAGAGAGAGGGGCAGAGAGGGAGAGAGAGAGGGGGAGAGAGGGAGAGAGAGGGAGAGACACUCAACACUCAAGGACAGAGGGGGAAGCAGCCCGCCCCGGCUUACCCUGUCGGAUUGUCUGUCCGCACUGGAGCAUGGCAGCUGGAGGCUGGAGGCCUGGAGCCUUUGGGGGAUGUCAGCUCUGUGCCUGUCCCUGGAGCUGCCGGCCACCAGCAGAGCCCGCGCUCUUCAUGGACAGCCCCAUGCCGUGGCCCCCUGGUGAUGGCAUCCGACAGUGAUGUGAAGAUGCUCCUGAACUUUGUGAACCUGGCGUCCAGCGACAUCAAGGCGGCCCUGGACAAGUCGGCGCCCUGCCGCCGCUCCGUGGACCAUCGCAAGUACCUGCAGAAGCAGCUCAAACGCUUCUCCCAGAAGUAUUCCCGGCUUCCUCGGGGCCUCCCCGGCAGAGGCACCGAGCCUCACCUGAAAAGGGGACCCGAGGACCGGCCUGGGAGGCUGCUCCUCGAUCCCGGCCAUGGUUCCAGUCCCGGCGUGGUGGGGGGCAGCAAGGAGAAGGCUCUGGGGAACCCCUACAGGGAGGAAUGUCUCUCUAAGGAGCAGAGCCUACAGAGGCAGAAUCCAGAAGCGGCCAGGCCUGGCCAGGUGCCCAUGAGGAAAAGACAGCUGCCCGCUUCCUUCUGGGAAGAGCCUCGGCCCGCCCACAGCUACUCCCUGGGGCUGGAGGGGGAGCUGGGCCCCAGGGAGGGAUCUCCCUAUGAGGGUAAGAAACACUGCAAAGGCUUGGAGCCCUGGGAUCCUGAGAUGGCCCCCGUGCCUGCGUCCCCAAGGGCACCGGCUGGCAAGGAGCCGCUCAAGAUGUCUGGGGUCUCCCUAGUGGGCCGUGUCAAUGCCUGGGGCUACUGUCCCUUCCAGUACCAUGGACAGCCCAUCUACGCCGGCCCCCCGGGGGCCUUGCCUCAGAACCCCGUCCCCAACCUGGGCCUGUGGAGGAAAAGCCCAGCGUCUCCUGGGGAGCUGGCCCACUUCUGCAAGGAUGUGGACGGGCCGGGGCAGAAAGUGUACAGACCCGUGGUUCUGAAGCCCAUCCCUACCAAGCCGGCGGUGCCCCCGCCCAUCUUCAAUGUUUUUGGCUACCUCUAGCGGGGCUGGGAGGGCCUUGGCUCCCCCGCUCUGGCCGGCAGAGAUGUUGGGGGCCCCUCCCGAGAGCACUUCUUGUGCAGAGGGAGCUGGGCAGUGGGAGCCUUCUCUUUGUGUAUGUCCAGGAGAGGGGGAGGAUGGGUUUGGGGCAGGGGCCUCGCAGGCAGUCUCCAAGUCAGCUCCUGCAGCCUUGGGAGCCGGGGGGCUGGGCUCAGCCAGCCCCUCUCCAGCCAGACCAGAGACCGACCGAUCGUCGCACUGUCCUUGGGCCGGUCUUGGGUGGUGGGGCUCUGCCCUGGCCUUCCUGCCACUCUGUUCACGUGCUGCCCACCGUGUAAGCCAAUCUCAGUUCUGUUCGUUUUGGUUUUUGUAAAUAUUAAGAAGGUUAAAAGAAUAAAGACAUUUCUUUUGCAGU